UGUAAACUGUAUACUAACAUGUAUCAGGGCUUAUGUGGCCAUCACUGUGUGUCCAGCCUGGUGCGUGUGAGCCUCUAGUUGUUUGUUAUGUCACUAUGCAGGGGAUAGCCUUUUGUCUGUUGGUAGGAUGAGGUUACACUAACACACAGGCAAGGAGGUCUACUGAUAUUACUCUGCAUGCACGUUGUCACACGACUCUCCACACCGUUCGACAGACGUAUACGCAGCUACACGCACACACACACAGCACCACAUGCUGUUACACAUACACAUCGUUAAAUGACACCGCAUGCUGCUACGUGUGCGCACUCUCUGUGACACAUGGUCACACGCAUCAAGACUUGAAUUCACUGUCAGUGGCGGGCGCACAGACACAGGCUGAACCGCACACACCGGUUGGCACUGUAGACAUACACACAAGCCAGAACAGGCACACAAAACAGGCACACAAACAGACCAGGACACACAGAACCGGCACCACAGCCGUUGUGCAAACUGCACAUACACGCUGCCACAAAGGUACCCAAAGCCCAGAGCCUCCAGAACCUGCCCAGGCCGUGUUCAGACCUCUCCAUAAAGGCCUCAAUUAGUCAUAUAAGAGGAGGGAGGAGCCACAUGGAUCGAAGGCGGCAGACGGGAUAGUAUUAAUGAGCCAGAGGAACCUUAUACUGAACUUACCUCAGUUCCAGGAUCCGUCUGCCGCGCGGAGCGAAGCAGACAUACCUGAGUCAUCGAGAGCAGAAUGCCGGAGCGAGUGUGCGUGUUCCAGGGACAGUGUUACUACAAGCUGAAGCGUGACUGUCUGCGUCGGGGAGUGCUCUUCAAGGACCCCCUCUUCCCCCCCUCUCCCCAGUCCCUCUUCUACCGACGCUCCCCCCCGCCCGGACUCACCUGGAGGAGACCCAGGGAACUCUGUAAAGACCCUCGCCUCUUUGUGGAUGGCAUCAGCACCAGGGACCUGCACCAAGGCAGUCUGGGUAAUUGCUGGAUGGUGGCAGCCACAUCCUGCCUAGCCACUGAGCCGUCUCUGUGGAAGAAGGUGAUUCCAGACCACACGGAGCAGGAGUGGAACCCCAAACGGCCGGACCUGUACGCGGGGAUCUUCCACUUCCGCUUCUGGCGCCUGGGCCGCUGGACGGACGUGGUGGUCGACGACCGCCUCCCGACCAGCCAAGAGGGGGCGCUGCUGUUCUGCCGCUCUGCCACGCCCCGCGAGUUCUGGAGCGCCCUGCUGGAGAAGGCCUACGCCAAGCUAAAUGGCUGUUACGAGGCGCUGGAAGGGGGCAACACGGCAGAGGCGCUGGUGGAUUUCACCGGAGGGGUGUCCGAGCCCCUCAGCCUGGACCGAGGGGUCCUGACCAUGCAUCCCGACCAGCGGAAGGCGCUGUUCCAAACUCUGGCCCGGGCGCACAGCCGCCAGGCUCUCAUCACCUGCUCCAUUCGGCCAGCGGAGGGCGAGAGGGUGGAGUCGGUCCUGGACUGCGGCCUGGUGCGGGGUCACGCUUAUGGCAUCACCGCGGUGCGGAGGGUGCGCCUCGGGGAGAAGCUGCUGGGCGUCUGUGGGAUGUCCCGGGUCCACAUGGUGCGCAUGCGGAACCCCUGGGGCACAGCCGACUGGACUGGAGCAUGGAGCCAGGGCUCACAGCAGUGGCAGCUGGUGGGCCGCAGUGAGAGGGAGAAGAUGGGCCUCACAGUGAGGGAUGUCGGGGAGUUCUGGAUGGAGUUUGAGGACUUCUGCCGCUUCUUCACUGACGUGGUGGUGUGCCGGCUGGCAGAGCGAUCCCUGCUGUGGCCUGGCUCUCACUGGAGGGAGGUGCGCUGCCGUGGGGAGUGGGCGCCGGCACCCGGGCAGCCUCUGGGGGGCGCCCUCCCACAUACCGUGGCGGGGAGCCAGGGGAACCGCCGCAGGGACCCCUCCAGAGAGGGACAGAGGGGCCUGAAGGGCAACAGGAAAGAGGAUCGCCUCGGGGAGAGACAGAGGGACGGGCCGUCCUGGGGACAGAGGGAUGGGGGCAGGGGAGGGAAGGGGGGUGAGAGGAGUGCGGAGGGGGCGGGGCGGGAGAGCCAAAGCAAGGACGGGGCAGCAGCGGGAGAGCAAUGGGACAGACAGACGGACAAGAGGAGCAGGUGUGGAGGCUGCAUCAACCAUCGGGACACCUUCCUGAACAACCCCCAGUUCAUGUUCGAGGUGCAGGGGGAGGGAGAUGAGGUGCUGAUCUGCCUCCAGCAGGAGGACAGAAGGAUACGAAGGAGAGAGGGAAACGGAGAGAACCUUCCUAUCGGGUUUGAGGUGCUGCGGGUGGAGGUGAACCGGACAAGCCGGGUGCAGUGUGUGGGCGAGCAGGCCGCCAGCUCCGUGUACAUGGACUCCAGGAGCGUGGCGCUCAGAGUGACCCUUGGGCCCGGCCGCUACGCCCUGCUGCCCACCACCUUCCAGCCCGGGGCCACCGGGCGCUUCCUGCUCAGGCUCUUCUCCCACUCACACGUCCGGCUGAGGGAGCUGAAGGAGGACUUGCCCCCUCCCUCGGUCUGGCUGUGCUGCAUGGCUCAACCAUGUGUGGUCACCACAGUGCACCUGCGCCGUGCGUCUGGUGUGGGUCAGCCCAAGCAGACAGCACCUGACGUAUAUGCCACCAUACGAUGUGAGGACGAAACUAUAAGGACACGCGUGUUCAAGGAGGACAGUAACCCAGAGUUCAACACAAAAGCCAUUUUCUACAGGAGGCAACCGGACACACACAUCUCCAUUGAGCUGUGGUGCCGGGGCUGGCUGUGGGACUCUCUGCUGGGAGAAGCACGUCUGCAGACCGGAGACGUCGAGAGGUGCCGCAGCCGGGUGAUUGACUUGCAAGGUGGCCAAUCGCGCCCGGGACCCCGGGGAUGCAUCUACGUGGAGACCUCCUCCAGUCAGUGUCUCACCGACUUGUGACUGCCUGCUGGUGCAGCUGCUGCUGCCACCCACUGGACAUCUAUGCUCACUGCAGCUUCACACGGCUGAACCCACAAGGCAGGGAUAUUGCAAGAUUGGACAUUCUUGGGGGUGAAUAUGCAGCCCUGGAGACAUGGACGAUGCCCCAUUCAGGAAAUUUGGGAGCAUUUAGCGUAAGAUGAGGGGUGGCACAGGGCCAAUGAAACAUUGAUAAAACAGGGCCAUUACAUACUAUUCAGGCACUAGAGGUACAGCACUGUCACCCCUGCUUAUAAGCCACUAAGGGCACUCUGUGUUAUGGACAUUUUUAAACAAACAGAGAAUAUCCAGAAGUUGAAGGUGGCUACAUUAUACAGUGUCUAGAUUAUGAGCUCCUAAAGUAUGUACAAAGUGUCGUUGGACUUACGGUGUAAUUGGACGUUAAGGCCGAGAAAAGGGGGGCAGUGCAGAAGAAUUUAGGUCAGAUUUUUCAGGAUAACUCCGCUUAACACUGCUAAAAUAGCACCGCACGUGGCAAAAUUCCUCACUGCUGUCCUCUCCAGCGAGGUUCAGCUUCAGGGAAGUGAAGCCAAGUCGCCUACAAAAAGAUGUUCUUUUUUUACAUCACCCUCUGCUGGUCAGACAACGAAAAAUAACACUGCUUCGCAGGGUAUUGUUAUUAUGUGUUAUUUUGUCCACUCAACAGCAGCGUUGGAACUAUAAUCACAAUGCUUUCUUGCCUUCCACAAAACAAUGU